UUUACCCAAGCAUACAGUUUCACGAUUAAACUGAACGUUAUACGUGUGUGCGAUCAUCGCUGGUGUUGCCAUGAUUCGAAAGGAUAACGUGUGACGGCGUGAAACAGUGAUAUACUCGCGUGAAUUCCGACCGGCGAAAUCCUAACCUUCAAACUUCCACUUUCAAGGUCCACGGCCAGUUUGACAAUUGCCACAACGCGCAUAAGGGAUGCCGGUUGACUGAAGAUGGCCUCGCCGACACUCUCGCUGGAAUCGCGCGCGAAUUCCAUCGGGUCCCUGGCCUCGCUGUCCCCGCUCACUGUGAGCGGCAGUUCUCCGCCCGCUAGCGACUCGGCAAUCUGCGACGUCGACAGCUGCGACCUCUGUCUCGACCAACAGAAACCUGGAGAGGCGCCCUGCCCGCGGUGUCGCUUAACCGCCGUCGGCGUUCGCUGUACCGGCUGCAAGUCAACCGAGUCCGACGCUGUAGCACGUUGCUUCGACUGCGCCAAUUUCCUUUGUCCGAACUGCGUGAUGGCGCACCAGUUCAUGCACUGCUUCGAGGGCCACCGCGUCCUCAACCUGAGCGACUCCAAGCUGGAGACGUUGACCAACUCGGGGGCCACUGAGAUCGGCAAGAACACCCUGGUGAUGAACGGAGGGAACGGAAACAGCGAGAAGGUACCCUUCUGUCGUCGACACAAGCAGGAGCUAUUAAAGUACUUUUGCCGCACCUGCACCGUAUUGGUCUGCAAGGAAUGCACCAUCACGGACCAUUCCGGCCCGAUGCACGACUGCGCGCAUAUAUCAGAGGUGGGCAGCCAGCAGCUCGAAGCUAUAGCGAGGGUGGUCCAGGAAUGCAGAGCCAAAGCAGCGGACGUCAGGGCAGCCGUGAAAGCGGCGGACCACGGUGCGGCGCGUUUGCAGGUGCAGUACCACAAAGCGCAAAACGAGAUCAACGACACCUUCCAGUUCUACAGAUCCAUGCUGGAGGAACGCAAGCAGGAGCUGCUGAAGGAGUUGGAGUCUGUCUUCUCCACCAAACAGAUAUCUCUGGGCGUUCUCACGCAGAAGGCCAACGAGAUGGCCGACAGAAUGCUCCAGACCUGCGAGUGCGUCGAACGGUUGACCAAAUUCACCACCGUUACCGAAGUGUUGAUGGUUAAGAAGAUUCUCGACUCCAAGCUCCAGUUGCUGCUCAAUUACACACCGGAUGUGGGUAACCAAACCGUGGAUCUCGAGUUUGUCAGCAACUACCAAGCCAUCCAAGUGGGCGUGAGGAACACGUUCGGCUACGUGCGAAGCAACAACGAGAACAAUGCUGGACCGAUUGGGAAACAACCGCCCAUCGCAAGACCAACCGCGCUCUCCAGCAACGGUAACAACGGAAGCAACGCCGCCAACGGACCUGGCAGCGCUGGAUCCCUGGGUGGUCUCCUGCUGGAUCGACCUUACAGCAACGGACUGAUAUCCUCCAGCUCGAACUGCACCUCGUCCACCUCGCCGUCCUCGUUCGACACCAACAACAGCGUCAUCACCAAACGCUUCAGCUCCGCUAAUAGUUUAGGCCCGUUCUCGACGACCAUCAGCGACCUCAACCUGAACGGCAUAAACGCAAACCCUUACGAGAAGUGGAGCAACGGUGGCAACGACGCCUACCCCGUGGUCACCACGAACGACCACUUCUCCAUGCCAGCGUCGGUAGUCGUCGCUGCGAACGCAGCCUCCGGCGACUCCGUCCUCGACCUGACCUCCAAGCUCAUGUCCGCCGCAGCCAUAUUCCCGCCCAAGUCGCAGAUCAAGCGACAGAAGAUGAUCUACCAUUGCAAGUUCGGGGAAUUCGGCGUCAUGGAGGGCCAGUUCACGGAGCCAUCCGGCGUGGCGGUGAACGCGCAGAACGACAUCAUAGUGGCCGACACGAACAACCAUCGCAUUCAGAUAUUCGACAAAGAAGGCAGGUUCAAGUUCCAGUUCGGAGAGUGCGGGAAACGGGACGGACAGCUGCUCUACCCCAACAGAGUCGCCGUGGUGAAGACCUCGGGCGACAUAAUCGUCACGGAGCGCUCGCCCACUCACCAGAUCCAGAUCUACAAUCAGUACGGCCAGUUCGUGCGCAAGUUCGGGGCGAACAUCCUCCAGCACCCGCGCGGCGUGACGGUCGACUCGAAGGGACGCAUCGUCGUGGUCGAGUGCAAAGUGAUGCGAGUGAUCAUCUUUGAUCAGGCGGGCAACGUCCUUCAGAAGUUCGGAUGCUCGAAGCACCUGGAGUUCCCGAACGGCGUGGUGGUGAACGACAAGCAGGAGAUCUUCAUCAGCGACAAUCGUGCCCACUGCGUGAAGGUGUUCAACUACGAGGGCGCCUACCUGCGUCAGAUUGGCGGCGAGGGGAUCACGAACUACCCGAUCGGAGUGGGGAUAAACGCCGUAGGGGAGAUACUGAUAGCAGACAAUCACAAUAACUUCAACCUGACCAUCUUCACUCAAGACGGACAGCUGGUCUCUGCCCUGGAGAGUAAGGUGAAGCACGCCCAGUGCUUCGACGUCGCCUUGAUGGACGACGGUUCGGUCGUCCUGGCCAGCAAGGACUACCGACUCUACAUCUAUCGCUACGUACAAGUACCACCGAUCGGCAUGUAGAGAAGCGACGCGCCACGACGCCGACGAUGAUCUCGGAUCGUUAUCGUUGUUUCUGAGGCCUGGAUCUCAUCGACCUUUUUUUACUUACAAUUGCCUAUCUUCUUCUUCGCCCACUACCACUGCUCGUGCUCACUUCGCCUAUCAACCUUCACCUCACUCCCGUUUACCGAGAAACCAAACGCAAGCGCACGCGAGCGAGUACACGCUGAUCGAGUCGUCCAAGUUCGAGGUGACCCGUCCGACGAAACACGUGGCUUCCGUGCGGGGACUCAUUCGGGUGUCCGAACUCGUUUCAUUUUUACGCCUAGAUUCAGAAACGGACGUUGCCGAACGAACGCUUUUAAACGAAAUUUUAACGCUCGUCUCGGUCUUGGCGGCGCCUACGCGCACGCGUGCGAUACGCUCCUGAGAAUAGAAUGAAAGGCGACCUCGGAACCACGCCCACUUUGGCGCGCGCGUCCCUCGCGCACGCGCCAGACAGGGGGGACCCGCCCACUUGGUCGCGUGCGCAGCGUCCUCGCGCACGCGCGAGUCAUGGAAAGACACACGUGUAAGCGCGUAUACGCGGAAAACUUACUUGUUAAUGUUGUUAUAACUGAAAAUACUGUUGUUGUUGUUUAGUUGUAGAGCUCGCCGCCGCUAGUCACUCCGCCCCCCCUUUUCCCUAUUACUUUUCCUUCUUCCGUAAACCUAUCGUAUCCUCCAAAUCCCCCACCCUCGUCCUUUAUCGGCAUCUUCUUCGAUCAGAAAUCGCGAGGGGCGUUUCUCUCGAGGCACCUCGAAUCGUAUCACGUUUUCUACACGCAUCUAUCUCGAUCGCCGAUCCUUCCAACACGGUUUUGGGACUUGGACUCGAAGACGUUGCGCUUCGUUUCACCCUCGUUGGCUCGCGGGGAACGUUGCGCGACAGUUCGUCGCUCUCUCUUCCUCUCACGCGCGCAGUAGGAAAAAUAGCAAAGUACUCGAUCGACGUUUUGGUACCUUGAAUAAUCACCCACAGAUGGCAUUGACAAUCGAUAUCAAUCGUGUCCUGGUUCACUGGAAACCUUACGCGCACAAACACCCUUCGCUUCUGACCUUCGAAAGGACUCUCGGAACUUUUAGUUGGAAAUCCUCAUCCCUCCUCAUCUCUCGAGUGUUUGUUCCCUUAUUUUUAGGUGGUUAAGCAGAUAUUCUUUUAUAUUUAUACACGGACACGAGUUUUGUUUUGUUUCCAGACUCGCUUAAACGUCAUUUUAUAAUGACAACAAGACCAAGCACUCAUUUCAUCUUCUUUUUCAUUUUUUGUUUUCCUUCCUUGUUUACGGACAUUUUUUUUUCUUUCUUUCUAUUUUUUUUUUUAUCCUCCGCAGAUGCUUGUUUUUGUCUCUUUGUGAACGUAGAGCGUGCGUAAAAUUUGUGUUUUGCUCUCUUGACUGAAGAAGCAUUUCCAGGGGGAACGUUCCUUCCCCCAGUUCUUCUAUUAAUUUCAUACUUUUGAACCGUAGUGUUUUUUUUUUUUUUUUUUGUGUUUACGUAGCGAGUAGUCGUAGUGAGUUUUAGCAAUGACACCGAGGUUGUUUCUGCUCUCUCCAUUCCUCUCCGUGCCGUUUCGUUGCGCGCUGGACUUUCCCCGUCGCGCAUGCGCGUGGGAUUCCCCUCGGACCACUGGCGCCACCUACUCCCUAUUCAGUGUCCCUAAUCGAUCUUACCCGACGCUUCCCACCUCCUCCGAAACUCAUUCUCUGUUUAGUGUGACCAGUAAAAAUGAUUUGCGAUAGUGUUCUCCUGAAUUGGAAUGUAUAGUAUUAAUAUAUUUUGUUGGAUGAGUCGACAACAACAGAAGCCUCGCCUAGGGGGCUCUGCGACCCGAACUCAUGCAUGUUUACUAUUACAAUAUUAUUAUUUUUUAUUAUUAUUAUUAUUAUUAUUAUUAUUAUUAUCAGCAACAUUAUUAAUAAUAUUAUUGUAUGUAUGUAUUAUUAUUGUAUUAUUACGAUUUUUUUAUUUUUAUCUAUUCAUUAUUUAAAUGCUGUGUUACGAGUUUUUGUAGGCAUACCUCUCGGAUGCAACACACCUAACCGUCGUUAGGCUAGCUGGCGUGUUAAGUUCCUCGAUGUAGAAUGGGAGAACUCACCUAUUGCUGGCAUCUUGGGAAAUUGUGUAGAAAAAUUAAUAAAUUGAGAUUCCUUUGCGUCGCCCGGAAGUUUUGGAUAGUUCUUCGGGAUCCAUCCACAAUUUCUGGGCUACCUGAGCGGUGGCGAUGAAACAUUCGUACAUUUUCGAUUCAAGGACUUCAGUUAUUUAACGCUUUGAACAUAAUUAUUUUCUUUUUCGUAUUUAACGCACUUUAUA